UGUGUGUGUGUGGCGGGCGGGGGCUGGGCCUUCCCGCCGAGGGGGAGCCCUACACUCCGGCUCUCGCCCAGCGUCCCGGUGCCGCGAUCGUCGUUUCGGCCACAGCCACCACAUGGGUUUUCUACCUUGGUGAAGGAAUACUGGACAAGUUGUGACUUGAAAGCUGCUUUUAGGAUGUCUGAAGAUGACGAAAAAGUUAAACUGCGUCGAAUUGAACCUGCCAUUCAGAAAUUCAUUAAAGUGGCAAUUCCAACAGAUUUGGAAAGGUUAAGAAAACACCAAAUAAACAUUGAGAAGUAUCAGAGAUGCAGGCUCUGGGACAGAUUGCACGAAGAGCACAUUAACGCAGGACGGACAGUUCAGCAACUCCGUGCCAAUAUGAGAGAAAUGGAGAAGCUCUGUUUGCGAGUGCGACAGGAAGACAUCCCAAUUCUGCAGAGGAUGAUAAAUCCUGUUAAAGAGGAAGCUUCAUUUGCUAUAAAAGACUUCCUGCAGCUCCAUUCUGAAUCUGCAGAAGAACUUAAAAGGCAACUUGAAGGACAGGAGGAUACCUCUUUAACCAGAUCUGCAACUGUAGGAGGAGAAACUUUAUAUAACACAGAAGUGAAGGAUGGCUCCCAAAGUUUCAUCCAGAUCUCUUCCCGCCUUCCCGAAAUACCUCAGGAAGAAAACGCAGCUGAGUCCUGGGAGACUUUAGAAGGGGACUUGGUUGAACUUAAUCAGUUGGUGACUGACUUUUCUCUCUUAGUCGGUGCUCAGCAGGAGAAGAUUGACAGGAUUGAAGACCAUGUCAACACUGCUGCUGUGAAUGUUGAAGAGGGAACCAAAAACUUGGGGAAGGCUGCGAAAUACAAGCUGGCAGCUCUGCCCGUGGCAGGUGCAGUCAUUGGAGGAGUGGUGGGGGGUCCUAUUGGCCUCCUUGCAGGCUUCAAAGUGGCAGGAAUUGCAGCUGCACUUGGUGGUGGGAUUUUGGGUUUCACAGGUGGAAAAUUGAUACAAAAAAGAAAACAAAAAAUGAUUGAGCAGGUCUCUUCCAGCUGUCCAGAGCUUUCUUGCCAAAGUGCCAAAAAAUCCAGCUGAAGUAGAGAUUCAUUAUGACUAGGAACAAAGGUGUAGUAGCCACGUUAAUGACAGACUUUCAACCCUACGCUUUAAAUAAUAGGCCGAGUUGCGUGAGGGAUGAGAACAGUCACGGCAGAGUUUCUUGCUACAUGCAGGGACAUCAGUCCUUUGAAAAUUAUGUGCAUAAUUUUUAAUUAGAGAACUUUUUGGUGAGCUGUAUGCACAGCUGUAAUGAUGGGUGACAGGUGCUUCGUGCCAAAUUUGCACAAAGUGUCUUGCAGACACUAGAAAGAGGAGGAUCUGGAAAACCCCAGUGCUUUGCCAUGAAGCUGGAGCUUUUAUAAUACUGCUUUUAUUAAAGGAAAUAAGCUUCAUUGCUCUUUCCUCUUCCUUUUGUUUAUCUGGAUUCCCAAACUCCUCCUGUGUGUAUUCCCAGGAUAAGACAAUGUCCAUUCAGUAACACAAGGGAAGCGUUAGCUGCCACAGGGACAGGUGAAAAUGUUGAGUGAGCAAUGUGGAAAAAGCCCUUCUCUAUAUCCCACUUCUGCCUGCCAGACAAAUCAGAUCAGCAGCACAAGCAGUUUUCCCCUUUUUUUCAGGUACCUUUUUUUAACAAGGAAGUGUAAAGUCCUCCUCUUUUCCAAAGUGUAGUUAAAGAAUUGAAGUCAAAGCAGCAAUGCUGUAGGACUGCUGCUAGAGAAUGAUAAUUCUCCAUGGGUAUUCCACUCUUGACUUGCUGAGAACACUAUAGUGGAUGAAGUGCCAAGCUUUGACACUCUGAGCCUGAAGCCUCAGCUUACUUAAGCAGCACUUACUGCUAGAUGUUGUCCUUGCUUUUCAUCUGUCACUAGCAGCCCUCUGAGUGCCAAACAGCUUCCCUGGGAAGCAGUGCCACAGGCAGGCCCAGUCACUAGUAGUCUUUAUGGAAGAAGGCAGACGUGGUGAAGCAACCAGGCCUUUUAAACGGUGGCAGCAUCAGCUGACAGCCCCAAACGGUGGGACUGGUUUGAAAACAUCAACCUGAUACAGUUCACAGUAACCAAACUCUGCUUGUUUGGGUCAGCAGCACACCUCCUGCACGCUGUUCACUCCUGAAACUGCUCCUUCCACCCACUCAGGUUCUCAGCCUUUUCAAGAGCCUGGUCCAUGCUGUGGAGCCUGUAUGGGGUAAGAGGCUGUUGGUGUUUUUGUAGUGGAUCUCUAUUACCAGCCAUCUUUUGCUGUUUAAGAAGCCUUUUGCUUCUGAAACAGGCACAUUAAAUGUAAUAUGUUUUGUCACCUAACUGUACACCUGUCACCUAAUCUACUCUUCAGCACAUGGUCCUACCUCCAUCCUUCCAGGACAGUUCCCACACUAUUGCUGCUGCCGUUCAGGAGAACAGAAACUGAGAUUAGGAAGCUGCUUUUAAAUUUUUUUUUGAUUGUUCAAUUCACCCUGAGCUCUGCUAGAGUCCAGUUUCAUGAGUUGUGAACACUGAAGUCAGUGUCCAGAUGAGGCUCCCUAACAGGGAAGACUGAGGAAGCAUGCUAUAGGUGGAGCUUCUCUUUCUUAGCCAGGACUUUGAUACCAUCAUUGGAGAUAGCUGUCUGCAAAGCUGAUAGGCUUUUGUGCCUAGAGACUUCUGUAAGCAACUGUUAGUUACAGCACAAACAUCUUUUUUCUGAACAGUUCUUCCUCAUUACUUUUUACAUCUGAUUGAAACUGCUGUCAGACAGAGCACUGUGUCUAUCUGGAGUAGAUCUGAGGCUCAGGGAUGCAAUGUGUGCAAAAAUAGUUUUCACAAGUCCUUGUGAAGGUUGUCAAAACUGCAUCUGUUAAAGCCACAGUGCCUACAUCUGUAACAUCAGCUGGAGUGGAAAACAUGACCCAAGUAAUUCAGAUCAUUUGCUCCUGUCAAGCAAAUGCUUUUCUUUAAAUGCACUUACUUCAGCUGUAAGCACAUUUAAUGAGCCGGUAACGAUUUCAUUCUUAGUGUUCAUUCCUGUGAGAUGUAAUUGCUGCGGUUGAAGGAAGAAACUAAGAAAAAGCAUUCUUACUCAGAAACUGCUCCCUCCUUUGUAUUUUAAGAAGCACAUUCUCCUUCCCUACUGUGUGCCCUACUCACCACACCUACCACUCUGACUUCUUCAGACCCAAACCUUGUGUGGUGAUGACAUUGUAACCCAGGGCACGGCAAAGCCCUGCUUCCCCCUGGACUGAGCAGGGCCUGCUCGUUAAAGAAGUUAACAGUGGAAAAAGUCCUGUGAAGGUGGCACAGGUGUCUCCUGAAUUAAUUUUGUCGUUGUGUGACCAUGCCCAUUCUACCUUCCCAGUAUGUAAAAAGGAUAACAGCAUAUUGAUCAGUGUGCAUCCACCAUGAAGACCUCGUGGGCUCUGCACUCACCAACUCUGCACCACUCCUGCCAGACAUCCCUGGAAUGGAGAGUGGUGAUCUCUCUCUCUGUCUUUCUUGUCCCUCUUCUUUUUUCUGCUCUGACAAACUAGAACUCACUUCCUCUUUCCUCUCUUUCCCUGCUCCUUUCUACUGUUUCAUCCUUAGGGCACAAGAGCCCAAAAGCUAGCAGAAGCAGCUCCUUGAGUGCAGAACUCACCAGCUGUCUGCUGGUAGUUCACCUUCAUUUACUCAAGAGGGGAUUUUCCAACCUAGCACAAUACUCCAUGCCGCCCAGGCUAGCUUGGUCAGUGGCACAUGACACCACAUCAGAGACAGUGUUGGACUCUGCCCUCUCCCAGCAAGUUGGGACUAAUGCCAAGACAAUCUGAACUCAUAGAAAUGAAUUCCUAUCACAGCUUCUUCAAGUCCAGCUUGGUAGGCACUCAUUCUUUGGAGUGUCUAGCACAAAAACGGUUCUUACUCUGUGUGUUUUUAAGGAAGCAAUUUCAAGACACUGUGUAAACACUGGACUUAAGACUAUAAUUUAAGCUGCGUUAUUUAAAACAGGUUGGUUAUUUACCUGUGUGAAAAACAUGGGCACCUGAGUAACCAAACUAGCAUUUAACUUAUUAGGCAUGUUAGAAGAAAUACAAGCAAUAAAUAAUUCUUUCAGACCAAAUAAAAGCUUUCACAUAUGGGA